AUACGACUUGCUGAUCACCUGCUGAUUCGCCGUCUCGACUCUCAUCAUGUCCCAGCUCCCAGAUGAGACCCUUCGGAGGAUCUUGGCACAGAUCCAACAAACCGCUCAGCAAUCCUCAAGGAACUUAUCGCUUUCGAGGGCGCAGAUAGCGCAGAAAGAGAAAGAAAGAAGGAUUCUUCAGCUUACUAUGGAGGAAAUCAACUUGCUCCCUCGUAACGAUGAUGUAAAGCUAUACAAAGGUGUAGGGAAAAUGUUUAUCAAUAUUCCUCGUGCCACUAUGGAUAAAAGCCUAAGGGAGCAGGAGAAAGAACUUUCGGACGAUAUAUCCAAUUUGAAUAAAAAGAGCAAGUACCUUGAAAAGCAAUACCUCGAGGCAAAUUCUCAGUUAAGAGAUGUUUUUCAUAGCUCGCGGUUGAAUUCAUGAGUGCGGAUACCAAUCCUUUCUGCCAUGUGUGAAAGACCGAUCGCGGAGACAAUUCCUGUUCUCAUCGGCAUGUUCUGCUUUACCUGGCCAUAGUGUUAUACGCCUUUCAUCAAGGCU